UCAGUUUGUCAUCAGAGUGGAGGACAGUCUGGAUCAAACAGGGGCUUGUUUUUGUCUUUCCAACCUGCGGAACGGAAUGGAUUUUUUUCCAGCUUUUUUUGGAGGAUGUAUCAAAUAAACACAGUCCGAUCAAAGCAGUGAUGAAGUUAAAGUUAAAUUAACACCUUAAAUCUAGUUGGUGCUGAUUAGUUUUACUAUGAUUUUCUGACUCUUUUUGGUCGUAAAGUUUCGGAUCCAAAACGCGGACGGAGCAGAGAGGAGUUGAUGGGAGCAGCAGAGUGGAGAGUGGAAAUGGUCUCUCUGUGUGUCUCACUUGUUCGCACGAUGUGGUUUUAGCUGGCUGCACUCAGGUCGAGAGUUUUUGGAUUGUCACUGUUGGAUCUACAACCGGAUACAUCAUCAACAACACCUGAACUCACAUCAUCAUCAUCAUGUGCAACAACCCGAAGAAAAGCGGAUAUGUGUGACAAAUUGCUUUUAAACUCAGAAAAUCCUCUUUUACGCAAUCAAAAGUAUCCUAAAAGCGCAAUGAUUUUAACAACUUUAGUCAUGAUAUUGUCCUUCCCGGACUCGGUGUUCACCUUGAAGGCUGACGGCAGCAGCUCGUCGUCCUCUCGGUCAGCCCGUCUGGACUGCGUCAAGGCCAGUGAACAGUGUCUGAAGGAGUACAGCUGCAGCACCAAGUACCGCACCAUGAGGCAGUGUGUGGCCGGCAGGGAGAGCAACUUCAGCGCGGUCACCGGUUCGGAGGCGCAGGGAGAGUGUCGCAGCGCCAUAGACUCCAUGAAGCAGAGCAACCUCAACAACUGCAGGUGUAGGAGAGGCAUGAAGAAGGAGAAGAACUGCCUCAGGAUCUUUUGGAGCAUAUUUCAGAGUUUGCAGGGUAAUGAUUUGCUGGAGUACUCUCCGUACGAAUCAGUCAAUAGCCGGCUCUCAGAUAUCUUCCGCCUGGCCCCCAUCAUAGCUGUUGAGCCUGCAUCUACAAAAGAGAACAACUGUCUGAACGCUGCCAAGGCCUGUAACCUGAAUGACACGUGUAAGAAAUACCGCUCGGCUUACAUCAACCCCUGUACUAGCAGGGUGUCUGCUUCGGAGGUCUGCAACAAGCGCAAGUGCCACAAGGCCCUACGACAGUUCUUUGACAAGGUCCCAAGUAAAUACAGCUAUGGGAUGCUGUUUUGCGCCUGUCCAACGGGGGAUCAGACGGCAUGUGCAGAACGCCGACGACAAACAAUUGUACCCAUCUGCUCCUAUGAGGAUAAAGACAAACCUAACUGUCUGUCUCUUCAGAACACAUGCAAGACAAACUACAUCUGCAGGUCAAGGCUGGCAGACUUCAUCAGCAACUGUCAGCCAGAAGCUCACUCCAUAUCCGGCUGUCUGAGGGAGAGCUAUGCUGACUGUUUGCUGUCUUACUCGGGUCUUAUUGGUACGGUGAUGACACCCAAUUACAUGCGAUCACUUGGUAUUAGCCUGUCACCAUGGUGUGACUGCGGCAGCAGCGGGAACAGCAAGCCAGACUGUGAUAGAUUUGCUGAGCUUUUCACCACCAAUCGAUGCCUACGUAAUGCCAUCCAGGCAUUUGGCAAUGGUACUGAUGUUGGAGUUUGGCAACCCCAACCGCCCAUUCAGCCUACUGUGCUAGAGCCUAGCAUCACUCGGAGGGGUAAAGACCGAACCAAUAACGGACUGGAUGCACUGACAGACAUGACCAAACUGGAUCUUGAUGACAACUCAUUAUAUCACAUCUGUGGGACCUUACAGGCCCAAAAACUGGUGUCAAAUCUAACAGUGGAUACUGCUCAAUGUGUGAACCAUCAACUGGAUGAGUCUAAUGACUCAAACGCCAUUGCCAGAAGCUCAGCAGCUGACCUCACCGGCUUACACCCCUUAAGUAUGCUCCUCGCACUAGGCUUUGCUUUAACACCAAUACCAUUACGGCUGGAAGGUUCCCAGCUUUUGUAGGAUCUAAGGACUACGGAUCAACACUCUUCUCUCGAGAAGUGAUUCAACUCAUUUUGAUUUAAACAUUUGCCAAAGUUUGCCACCUGCAUUUUUUCUUGAAAUGGAAAUGAGCGUCACAGCGCAGUAAGAGUGCUGAAAUCAUAGACGAACGGUGGAUUAUAUCUGAGGAGUCCAUGUUGACUGUUGCUGAAAACAGACCCGCUGAAUCUGUUGCUGUGAUAUCAGCUUGUUUGCCUUCCAUGCCUUGUGGGAGCAAUUUGGUGACUUCAAGAAUCAGAUUCAUGCUGAGGAACACUCAUUUUUUCAGAGUUAAACCCUGUGAUCUGAUAAACAUGUGAAUAAAUUCACUUCUUUUGGAAUGUGUUGCAAUCAGUGCACAUUUGACUGAACGGACUGCCAAUGUGCUGAACAGUCUUUUGGAGAUAAAGCGGAUUGUCCUCUGCAUAACAUGUGCUUGGAUUUGUCCAGCCAAUUAACCUGCUUUAGUUCAACAAAAGGAAAACUAAGUGUUGUAUAGAAGUGCUGAUCUAUAAUAUGUCACAAGGGACAACUAACACAUUUCAUAGACACACUGAAUGGAAUAUUAAAUAUUUGAAGUCAUUUAAAAAUCCCAUAACAUAUUGUCAGAGUAUCCUCAAAGGACAAAGACAUAUCAGCCAGAGGAAAGUAACAAUUUCACUUCUACAUGUCCGGUACUAGAUAUAUAGAUCAGUUUUGUAGAUUUAUUUGAUUGUUAUGGUGGUUUGUGGCCUCUAAAAGAACAUUUUGUACAUAUGAUACAUAAAGUGUACACUCUAUUACAGUAUGCUGCCGUUAGCUUGUAACAUAUUGUCUGUAAUGUUUUUAAGAGUAUUUGUUAGUAUCUGGUGACUGAGGCCUGUCAGCAUUAUCCAGUGUAGCUAUGAUUUAUAAAAAUGUGAUGGGGUACGGUUCUUUAAUCAUGUGGUUACAGAUAUGACUAUUGUGUGAUUAUAUUUUGAUUGCAAAGUGCAUAAUGUUAUCUUAAACAGUAUUUUUCUUGAGGAAUAGCAAACUAUCUGUAACAGCAACAACAUAAAGAAUUUACAAAAAAGUGUUUUUAAAUGGCUUAAACAAAGUAAUGUUAUUUUUCUGUUCUAUUGAAAGUGAAAACGUUGUGACGGUUUGAUCCAGAUUCUUCAGACUGCCUGUUUGAUUUGAUUUUGUGGUCGAUAGCAAAAUGACAGGGGUUUGAUUUAUUAAAGAAUGUGUACAUAUCCACAAGUAGAGCAAAUGCCAAAAGACAAAAGCCAGUAGACAUAAAUUGCUAGCAAUUACUACUGAUGCAAAUGAAGGACAAGAUGAAAACACUUCCAUAGAUAUUUAAAUGACCCCCUAAUUAUCGAAGACAUUCAAAGAAUGUACAACAUAAUGACAAUGAACACUGAAAACUUGUUUUUAAACAUCCUUGCCAUUUCUAAAAAUGUGUGAAAUGUGUCCGUUAAAAAUCACUUCCAUGUAGACAUCUUAAUGAUGCACUUCUUUUUCUAGAUUGUGUAUCAGAUUUGUUUUUGCUUUUAAAGGUUUCGGUAAAAAAAAAUACUACAUAACUGUUUAUCUAAUUUGAACUAUGGAUAUUACCAGCAUAAACUUGACGACAUCUCAUAUAGGAGGCCACUUUUAUGUACAGGUAGCCAUGAAAAAUUUAAAAUUUGGUUGUUCAGUGUUUGCCAAACAGCUGAAAUAAAAAUGGUGAACAGA